GAUUCCCGUUAGGAGCGCUCAGAUCAUUAGUGAUUUUGUCUGACAGUUUUCGUGUGUCGUCCUGUGUCCUUAGAUCGUUAGAAAAUUUGUGAUGAUUUUGUGAAAUUAAUUGGAUUCAAGCUAAGUUUACGCCGAGAAACAAAGCAAUAGCUGACAAGAUGUCUGGAUCAGCGCAUAAGCAUCGCUACAAAAAUCCAACGCUCGACUCGGCGGAACUGCGCCGCCGGCGAGAAGAAGAGGGCCUUCAGUUGCGCAAGCAGAAACGCGAGCAGCACCUCAACAAACGGCGCAAUGUCAAUUGCGCCCUGUUACCAGAAGAUAAUGAUUUACAGGUACCAUUUAAACAUGUUAUAUAUAUAUUUAAUGGUAUUUUAUAUGAUUUUUCAUUAGUUGGAUGGAGAAAUGCUGCCUCCAGAGGCGCAGUCAUUACACCAGAAAUGGUGCAGGAUCUGUACAGUUCUGAUGUUAGGGAUCAGCUCAGUGCUACAGAGAAAUUUAGGAAAUUACUUAGCAGAGAACCAAAUCCUCCAAUUGAUGAAGUGAUUAGUACUGGGAUUGUGCCGAAGUUUGUCUCGUUUUUAAAAUAUUCCAGCAACUCUGUUCUCCAAUUUGAAGCUGCGUGGGCGCUGACGAACAUUGCCUCCGGCACAUCUCAACAAACGCGGAUGGUGAUCGACGCAGGUGCAGUGCCGAUCUUUAUUCAACUGCUGAACUCUGAGCAUGAGGACGUACGAGAGCAAGCAGUCUGGGCGCUGGGUAAUAUAGCCGGGGAUUCCCCUGAAUGCCGCAAUCAUGUAUUGGACUCUGGUAUUCUGCCGCCGUUAUUAGUUCUUCUUGGCAAGUCAACUAAGUUAACCUUGACGCGCAAUGCUGUCUGGGCGCUCUCGAAUUUAUGCCGGGGUAAGAAUCCACCGCCGGAUUUCUCGAAAGUGAGUCCAGCGUUACCGGUCCUUGCGAGGUUGUUGUUCCACAACGAUCCUGACGUUCUGUCGGACUCUUGCUGGGCGUUGAGUUACCUCUCCGAUGGCCCCAAUGACAAAAUUCAGGCUGUCAUUGACGCCGGUGUUUGCAGACGAUUGGUUGAGUUACUAACGCAUGCGCAGCCCAAUGUUGUGUCUGCAGCUCUACGCGCUGUGGGUAAUAUUGUCACUGGGGAUGAUAUUCAAACGCAGAUUAUUCUUAAUUGUGGCGCGUUGCCGUGUCUUUACCAAUUGCUGAGCUCGUCGAAGGAGACUGUGAAGAAGGAGGCGUGUUGGACGCUCAGUAAUAUUACAGCCGGUAAUCGGCAGCAGAUACAGGCUGUAUUGGACGCGAAUAUUUUCCCUAUUCUGAUUGACUUGAUGACCAAAGCUGACUUUAAGACGAGGAAGGAGGCGGCCUGGGCGAUUACAAACGCGACUAGCGGCGGCACACCAGAUCAGAUACGUUAUUUGGUUAAUGAGGGUUGUAUUAAACCGCUCUGCGAACUUCUUACCGUGAUGGAUAUCAAGAUUGUUCUAGUUGCGUUGAAUGGGCUCGAGAAUAUUUUGCGUCUUGGUGAUCAGGAUGCAAAGAAUCUACAAACGGGGAUUAAUAAAUAUGCUGUUUUAGUUGAGGAAUGUUACGGUUUGGACAAAAUUGAAUUUUUGCAAGCGCAUGAAAAUAUGGAGAUAUACCAGAAGGCGUACGAUAUCAUUGAACACUUCUUCGGUGUAGAGGGCGAAGAUGGUCGGGUGGCUCCUUCCGUUGAUCCCGAACAGCAACAGUAUAAUUUCAGCCCCGAUCAGUCGGUGCCCAUGGGCGGUUUUCAAUUUUAAAACGUGGCACCAAUUGUAAAAGUUACGAGUGUUAAUUGCGACAGGAUUUAAUUGUGCUAAAUCAAACAAAAAAUUAAGUAAUUUAUGGCCAGCAAUUUAAAAUUCGUAACUUGCCAGUGUGCGAAGCGCGAAUUACACGUUUGUAUAUUUAUCUCUUAACCACACACAACAAAAAGCAAAACACUUACACUAUGAACCUAGUUGUCAGCAAGAGGUAUUGUUCAGUUGUUCUCUCAGUUUUUUAAAUGUAUUCUUCAACGUACUAUUGAAUGCCAAUUUUCUACACUUGCGCUGGAAAUUAAUUAAUUUCAAAAUUCAACUAGCUAAAAAUGACUAAAACUUGUGGUAGAUGGGAAGUGAGAUAAACGGUUUUUGUUUAUAUAGCGUAAAUAUGAAUAUUAUGAAAUGUUUGAUUAGGCAAUAACUUCGUGCAGUGUAAAUUCAUGCCUAUUUUCCCCCUCAAUCUUGAUUUGUUUAUAGUUUGUACAAUAAGUUAAUAAAAUGUUAAAUUAAUUAAA